UACAGUGUAGGGAGGGAGGGCUGCAUGGAAAACUGGAAAGACAAAACAAAAGCCACACAUUUCAACCAACAGGCGCUGGUCGCUUUUUAUUUUUAUUUUUAAGCCCAAACAAAAUCGAUUCACUACUCGUAUCGAUUUCCGUUUAACGUCAAUAUUAGAAAAGUUUUGCAUCAUGCCGAGCAGCACGUCUUUGCUGGAGGCCGACGAAGGAGAGUCCGAGGUCCCACCGCCGCUAGUGCACGCUUUCGCCGGUAUGGGCCUUGAGGAGCACCACGGCACCCAGAGCCAGACCCCCGAACAAAUAGACGAGAGCAUCUCCUUUCACCGCCACCACCAGCUCCCCCCGGUGUCCCAUUUCAGCCUCCUCGGUACGGUCCUAGACUUGAAGCCGCUGCCUCUGCAUCGGCCGCCCUCGGGAGAUGAGGUGAACAAAACGGCUGCGCCCGAGGACGAGGAGCCAGAAGUUGUAGCCGACUCCUCGCUGUUAGUGCAGGCCCACCGCCACCAACACCUCCCACCGGGGCCGGGUGGCUCCGUGAUGCCGUCCGGGAUGGAGCCGCCGCACGUCGAGACGGUAUUGCUGUACAAUGGAGACGACCGGGACGAUACUGGAGUCGGCGGCAGCGCCCUACCACCGGCUGGCAGCAUGGCGAUGCUGCCGCCCGGCGUGUACGGGGAGUCGGGCUACGAGGCCGAGUCGGCGCUGUUGGCUCGGCGAAAGAGCGUCAACACAACCGAGUGUGUGGCGGUGCCGAGCUCCGAGCACGUCGCGGAGAUCGUGGGCAGACAGGGCUGUAAGAUUAAAGCGCUGCGAGCCAAGACCAACACCUACAUUAAGACACCGGUGAGGGGAGAGCAGCCUGUCUUUGUUGUGACGGGGCGCAAAGAAGAUGUGGCCAUGGCUAAGAGGGAGAUCUUGUCUGCAGCCGAGCACUUCUCCCUCAUCAGAGCCUCACGGAACAAGACGGGCCCUCUGACUGCUGUAACCGGUCCAGGGACCCCCUCUCUACCUGGACAGACGACCAUUCAGGUGCGGGUACCAUAUCGUGUUGUUGGGCUGGUCGUGGGUCCCAAAGGGGCAACCAUCAAACGUAUUCAGCAACAAACCCACACCUAUAUUGUGACGCCGAGCCGUGACAAAGAGCCGGUGUUUGAGGUCACCGGGAUGCCGGAGAACGUGGACCGGGCAAGGGAUGAGAUAGAGGCACACAUCGCCCUCCGCACAGGAACCUGUGGAGGCAUUGAGGCCCCUGGUGUAGACAACAAUGACUUUCAAUUCAACGGGACAGACGUCAGCUUUGAGCAUUCUGCACCACCAGUUGGGUUGGGGGAGGCUGGGUGGCUUCAUGCUGGUGCAUCAUCACCAAGUGGUGGUGGUGGUGGUGGUGGUGGCUUGCUGCCAGUGAGCAUCAAUGGUACUCAGCGAAUCAAUAGCAAUAUUAACAGUGGUGUCAGGAUGUCUUCCACCUACCGCAACGACAGCUCCAGCUCUCUGGGCAGCGGCUCCAGCUCAGCUGAUUCUAUGUACAGCAGCAGUAAUGGUAACCGGAUGGCGGAUUUCAGCCCAACCUGUCAGUUUAAUGCCAACGCUAACAACAACAACAACAGUAAUGGCGGCAGUACAAGUUUCUGGUUUGGUGAGAGCCUUCUUCCUAUGGGGUCCGACGAGCUGGUCAGCCUGGGAGGCGGAUCGUCCUCCUCCUCGGGGUUUGACCCAUUAACCAUCUCAACUGCCCAAGCCUCGCACCCUGCUGCGCAGCCACAAAUCUGGAGCCCCUUUGUGGACCACCAACCCCCCCAGGCCUUCGAUGCACGUCAGUCUCAGACCAGUCAGCCUGGGACGCCUCGGCUCUCUCCAACCUUCUCGGGGACAGACGCCUUGGAGCACCCUCAGGCCCAGCGAGUUCACCGAGGGCCUUUCGGCUCGGCUGGGACCCUCGACGCCCACAGGUUCCCCUCUUACAGCUCCGCCUUCUCCUCUUCCAGUGAAAGCACCGCCUCCUCUUCCUCCCCCCCUGAAUCCUCCCUCUCCUAUCGGCCGGGGCUUGGAUCAGCAGGGAGAGGGCAGGAGAUAUGCAUCCACUGUAUGGAUAACCAGGUGAUCGCUGCCUUGGUUCCCUGCGGCCAUAACCUCUUCUGUCUAGAUUGUGCCACACACAUAUGCCAGGGUCCAGACGCUGUUUGCCCUGUGUGCCUGUCCCCAGUCACACAGGCCAUUCAGCUCCGCAACAUGUGAUUUCGAUCCAUUUCCUGAUGAGGGAUCAGCCUCCCCAACACUUCAAAUUCAUAAUGUGUGGGGAAAUUACAAAACUGGCCCCAAAUCAGUGUCUAGGUGUGUCCUCACCCCUGUUUUGUCCAAGCUGGUGUUUGGUUGACAAAGGUGAGAAAGAAUAGGUGACUUAAGAAUGAUCUGUAUUUAGGGCAUGGGUUAGGGUGUUCGGCCCGUUCAUGUGCCUGCUAUUGUGAAGUCUUCUUCCAUGAUUGAUUGAUUUGAUCAAUGGGAGGGUUGGAAACCCUCUGUGUAGCAUUGGGUGGGGCGGGAUAUAUAUAUUUUUUGCUCAUCGUGAUUUUUGAUUUACAUUUUCUUCUCCCUGAAGCAUCUGGUUAUCAGUUUCUGCCUACCUGUAUUUUAUCAAAUUGUUUAUAUGUACUUUGAAUUAUAUUAGAUACACAAUGUUGGCUUUCGGGUCAAAGAUAUUUUUUUGUCUACAUCUCAAAAUUUUUGUCCAUUUUUUAAAUUUUAUUUUGCUGCUACAGUUGUUUUUAUGUGCUGAAAUAUGGCCCCAUUGCCUCAUUUGUUGUGCUCACAGCAAACUUUAAGGAAAGAAAAGAAGUGAGCAUGUUUACAUAUAGUGAGUCCCACAUAUGAAUAUGUAUAAACUAAUAGUAUUUUCCUGGUUACCACAGAUUUUAAAUGCCUACCGCGGUGAACUGGAAACAACGUACACAUGCUGCAUUAUCCUGGCAAGAGCCACUCUAUCCCAGAUAAUUUGCGUAAAUAUUAUCAGGCUAGGGAAGUGCAACUUUAAGCAGGAUAUGAUGUUUACACGCUCCAGAUCAUAAAUCAGAAUUUCUGAAUUUUUAAGAGCAUAUUGAUACACAUGCAAACACACCCACGGAGGGUUUUUAAACCAAGUGGGUCAGACCUGCAACUACAAAAAAUGUCACACUCCAGUGAGCCUUUCCCAUAGCAGACAUUUUGACUUUUCAUAGUAGGAAAAGCACAGGCGGAACUAAUAACAUGAGCGAUGGCACUGUUAAAUCCAAGGGCUGCAGUGAGAGUGACAGUGAGCAAGCAUUCAGAGCAGCUAAAUGGAAUUCAGCCAUCAUUUAUUGUAUUUUUUUUUUUUUACACCCGUGUUGUUCCUACUGUG